AUGUCAGAUUCCAAAACACACCUCCUCGGAAACGAGGACCCAAUCGACCCCCCACCGGCCUACGACUCAACCACAGGCAAACCCAUGCGCGGGCUCCUUCCCCGCCCACCACCACUAUCACUCCCAUACCUGAACGACCUGCGCACCAAGCGCGUGAUCCUAGCCUCCCAAUCCCCUCGCCGCCGCCAAAUUAUGUCCUAUCUGGGUCUCCCCAACCUCGAAAUCAUCCCCUCCAACGCAGAGGAAGACCUCCCCAAGUCGCUCGGCCCAUUCGAGUACGUCCUCGCAACCGCCACCAAGAAAGCGCAGGCCGUCUACGCCCAGGAAGCCGAUAACGAGGAACGGGGCGAGCCAGCCCUCAUCCUCGCCGCAGACACCAUCGUCGUCGACUUGCAGGCCGGCGCGAUCCUCGAGAAACCCCGCUCCGAGGCGCACCACCUGGCUAUGCUGCGCGGGCUGCGGGACGCGGGGACCCACAAGGUGUUCACGGCGCUGGUGGCGAUGGCGCCGUUGGCCUCGGCGAGGGUGCCUGGGUAUGCGAUCGAGACGGUGGUUGAGGAGACCGAUGUGCGGUUUGAUCCCGAGGUGAGCGAUGAAUUGAUUACGGCGUAUGUGCGGACGCGCGAGGGCGCGGACAAGGCGGGAGGGUACGGGUUGCAGGGAUUAGGGUCGAUUCUGGUGGAGAAGAUUGAUGGAAGUUAUGAUAAUGUGAUCGGGAUGCCGCUUAAAGCUACCUUGAAACUGAUUGAAAAGGUUUUGGCGAAGGCGGAUGACGAAGGGUCUUUGCCGGAUGAUAUGGUGGGGUCGGAGGGUGAGGAUGAUAUGUGA